GCCAUGAAUUGCCUGAGAACGUAAGACUGAAGGUCGUUGUGGAAAAUUGGAACUGAACUCAGAGAAAAUAAUUCACCGUAUAGGCAAUGACCAAGAUCCCGAGAUUCCUGCUGUGCGCGCUGCUGGGAAUGCUGUGCAACGCCGGUUUCGGGCAGAUUCGCUACUCGGUUCUGGAGGAGGUGGCCAAAGGCUCUUUCGUGGGCAACAUCUCUAAGGAUCUGGGGCUGGAGCCCCGCGAGCUGGCGGAGCGCGGAGUCCGCAUCGUCUCCAGAGGUAGGACGCAGCUUUUUGCUCUGAACCUGAGAAGCGGCAGCUUGGUCACCGCGGGAAGGGUAGACCGGGAGGAGCUGUGCGCUCAGAGCGCGCGGUGCCUGGUGAACCUUAACAUCCUGGUUGAAGACAAAUUGAAGAUUUUAGAAGUAGAAGUAGAAAUUAAAGACAUUAAUGAUAAUGCUCCUAAUUUUCUAACAGAGGAAUUAGAAGUAAAAAUCGGAGAACUAACAGCUCCGGGUACCCGAUUUCCACUUAAGACUGCCUUUGACCCGGAUGUGGGCAUGAACUCUCUGCAGAACUACCAGCUCAGCAAUGAUGACUUCUUCUCCCUGGCGGUGAAGAGCAUCUCGGAUGGGACUAAGUAUCCAGAGCUACUGCUGGAACAGGCUCUGGACAGGGAGGAAAAAGAUGUUCACCAGCUGGUCCUCAUCGCCUCAGAUGGGGGCGACCCUGUCCGCUCUGGCAACUUGCGCAUCCAAGUGAUAGUUCUGGAUGCAAAUGACAAUCCACCAGUAUUUACUCAGCCUGAGUAUAGAGUUAGUGUUCAGGAGAACUUGCCGGUGGGCACAAGGCUGCUCACAGUGAAUGCCACAGACCCAGAUGAGGGAUUCAAUGCUCAAGUGUCCUAUGUAUUAGAUAAAAUGCCUGGGAAGAUUGCUCAGAUUUUCGAUCUCAACCCAGUCACUGGUGAUAUAUCAAUAUUAAAAAGUCUGGAUUACGAGGAUGCUGUGUUUUAUGAAAUUAAAAUUGAAGCACAAGAUGGUCCAGGUCUCCUUGCAAGAGCUAAGGUCCUAGUUACAGUUUUGGAUGUGAAUGACAAUGCCCCAGAAGUUACAAUCACUUCUGUCACAGGAUCGAUUCCAGAAGAGACUAUUACUGGAAGAGAAGUUGCCCUUAUAAAUGUACACGAUCGGGAUUCUGGACAAAAUGGGCAAGUAACCAUUUUUGUCUUGGGAAAUAUGCCAUUUACUUUAGAAAAAUCAAUAGGCCAAUAUUACCGCUUAGUGACAGCAAGAUCCCUGGAUCGUGAACAAAGGUCUGAAUAUAACAUCACACUGAGAGCCACAGAUCAGGGAAGUCCACCACUUUCCACAGACACUCAUAUCAGCCUGCAUGUGGCAGACAUCAAUGACAAUUCACCUGCCUUCACACAGGCCUCCUACUCUGCUUACAUUGCUGAAAACAACCCGAGGGGAGCCUCCAUCUUCUGUGUGACUGCCCAGGACCCUGACAGCAUUGAGAAUGCACACAUCACUUAUGCGCUGACUGAGGAUACACUUCAGGGGGUUCCUCUCUCCACCUAUGUAUCCAUCAACUCUGACACUGGAAUCCUGUAUGCGCUGCGCUCCUUUGACUAUGAGCAGGUGAGAGACCUGCAGUUACUGGUGACAGCCAGUGACAGUGGGGACCCUCCACUCAGCAGCAACGUGUCACUGAGCCUGUUUGUGCUGGACCAGAACGACAACACACCUGAGAUCCUGUACCCUGCCCUCCCCACAGAUGGUUCCACAGGCGUGGAGCUGGCACCCCGCUCCGCAGAGCCUGGAACGUUCGUGCUUCAAGUGGUGGCCACCGACCAGGAUGAGGGCAUGAAUGCAGAGAUCACCUAUACCUUCCUCAAUGCCCCAGCAAGUACUGGCUUCCUCUUCAAUCUCAACCCAAAUACUGGUGACAUCUCAACCAAUGGUACACUGGACUUUGAAGAGACAAGUAGAUACAUACUGGGUGUGGAAGCCAAGGAUGGAGGGGUGCACACGACCCACUGUAAUGUUCAGAUUGAAGUUGUUGAUGAGAAUGACAACGCCCCAGAGGUGACAUUCGUGUCCUUUUCUAACCAGAUUCCUGAGGAUUCAGACCCUGGAACUGUAAUAGCCCUCAUUAAAGUGCAAGACCACGAUUCUGGACAAAAUGGUCAGGUGACUUGCAAGAUUCAGAAAGAACUUCCCUUCAAAUUAGAAUCUGCCUCCAAGAAUUAUUACAAGCUGGUGAUUGAUAGUGCCCUAGACCGGGAGCAGAGGCCAGAGUACAAUAUCACUCUCAUAGCUACAGAUAAGGGCGAGCCACCCCUCUCCUCCAAUACAAGUGCCACGCUGCACAUCGGAGAUGUCAACGACAAUGCUCCAGUUUUCCACCAGGAUCUCCUGUGUGAAGAUUCCUCUAUGGAUGUAUGUGCCAGCAAUGAAGAUUCCCAAGUAGCUUAUGAAUUCUCUUCUUCAGCUCACAGCAAUCUCUUCUGCGGCGGAGCUGUCAUGGAGGCUUCUCGGCAUCGCUCAGACUUCAGCCUGCUGACCAGAGUGUGCAUUCUUCUGGGAAUCCUGUGGAAAAUCAGAGCCGAGCAGAUCCACUAUUCCGUACCUGAGGAGCUGGAAAAGGGCUCUUUCGUGGGCAACAUCACCAAGGAUCUGGGGCUGGGCCCCCGGGAGCUGGCAGAACGCGGAGUCCGCAUCGUCUCCAGAGGUAGGACGCAGCUUUUUGCUCUGAACCCGAGAAGCGGCAGCUUGGUCACCGCGGGGAGGGUAGACCGGGAGGAGCUCUGUGACAAAUCUCCAAAGUGUGUAUUAAGUCUGGAGAUUCUCCUAGAGGACAAAGUGAAGAUUUUUGGAAUAGAAGUGGAUAUAAUCGAUGUGAAUGAUAAUGCGCCCGAUUUUGGUACAGAGCAAAGGGAAAUAAAAAUCUCUGAAAGUGAAAAUCCUGGGACAAGAUUUCCUCUUCCUGAAGCCUUUGAUCCAGAUGUAGGAGUAAACUCUCUGCAAGGUUACCAGCUUAGCUCGAAUAGCCACUUCUCCCUGGACGUGCAGAGUGGAGCUGAUGGAAGUAAGUACCCUGAGUUGGUGCUGGAGCGAGCCCUUGACCGGGAAAAAGAAGCUCACCACCAUCUGAUUCUCACCGCCUUCGAUGGAGGCGACCCGGUUCACUCUAGCACAACCAGAAUUCACAUAACACUUGUGGAUACCAACGAUAAUGCACCCAUAUUCACUCAACCUGAGUACUAUGUGAGUGUUCGGGAAAAUGUACCAGUGGGAUCCCGGUUACUCACCAUAAAAGCCACGGAUCCAGAUGAAGGAGCCAAUGGAGAAGUGACAUAUUCUCUCCGGAAAGUAAGAGAAAAAAUAUCUCAGUUAUUCCAGUUGAAUUCUCUGACUGGGGACAUAACACUAUUGGGGAAUCUAGAUUUUGAGGACUCUGGAUUCUAUGAUAUAGAUAUAGAAGCCCACGAUGGACCUGGUCUCAGAGCCAGAAGUAAGGUCCUGGUGACAGUUCUGGAUGUAAAUGACAAUGCUCCAGAAGUCACAGUUACAUCUCUCACCAGCUCUAUUCAAGAAGGUUCUUCUCCAGGCACAGUAAUUGCACUUUUCAAUGUGCAUGACAGUGAUUCCGGUGAGAAUGGCCUUGUCACAUGUUCCAUUCUGGAUAAUCAGCCAUUUACACUUGAAAAGACCUAUGGGAAUUAUCAUCGGUUGUUGACACACAGAACUCUAGAUAGGGAAGAAGUCUCAGAAUAUAACAUCACAGUAACUGCCACUGACCAUGGAACUCCACCACUCUCUACAGAAACUCACAUCUCAUUGCACGUGGUAGACAUCAAUGACAACCCACCUUCGUUUCCUCAUGCUUCCUACUCAGCCUACAUUCCUGAAAACAACCCUAGAGGAGCCUCCAUUUUAUCCCUCGUUGCCCAGGACCCUGACAGCAUGGAGAAUGCCAGAGUCACUUACUCCCUAGCUGAAGAGACACUCCAGGGGGUCCCUCUGUCCUCCUAUGUCUCCAUCAACUCUGAUACUGGUGUCCUAUAUGCACUGAACUCCUUUGACUAUGAACAGAUGAGAGAUCUACAACUACUGGUGAUAGCCAGUGACAGUGGGGACCCUCCACUCAGCAGCAAUGUGUCACUGAGCCUGUUUGUGCUGGACCAGAACGACAACACACCUGAGAUCCUGUACCCUGCCCUCCCCACAGAUGGAUCCACAGGUGUGGAGCUGGCACCCCGCUCCGCAGAACCUGGCUACCUGGUGACCAAGGUGGUGGCGGUGGACAGGGACUCAGGCCAGAACGCCUGGCUGUCCUACCGCCUGCUCAAGGCCAGCGAGCCAGGGCUCUUCUCAGUGGGGCUGCACACGGGCGAGGUGCGCACUGCGCGCGCCCUGCUGGACAGAGAUGCGCUCAAGCAGAGCCUGGUGGUGGUGGUGCAGGACCACGGCCAGCCCCCACUCUCGGCCACGGUCACGCUCACCGUGGCCGUGGCCGACAGCAUCCCAGACGUCCUGGCUGACCUGGGCAGCAUCAGCACCCCCGCCGACUCUGAGGAUUCCGACCUGACCUUGUACCUGGUGGUGGCGGUGGCCGUGGUCUCCUGCGUCUUCCUGGCCUUUGUCAUCGUGCUCAUGGCGCUCAGGCUGCGGCGCUGGCACAUGUCACGCCUGCUCCAGGCUUCAGGAGGCGGGUUGGCAGAUCUCCCUGCCUCGCACUUUGUGGGCGUGGACGGGGUGCGGGCUUUCCUGCAGACCUACUCGCAUGAGGUCUCCCUCACUGCAGACUCAAGGAAGAGUCAUCUUAUCUUUCCGCAACCCAACUACGCGGACACGCUCAUCAGCCAGGAGAGCUGUGAGAAAAGCGAGCCUCUUCUGAUAACUCAGGAUUUUCCUGAAACAAAAGGAGAACCCAGUCUUCAUCAGGUCAAAAGACGAGAGAAAAUGACGGACACCUUUGGGAUCCUCUUAGCAGGGUAG